AUUUUUGUAUAACUUGAAAUUAAAGAAUCGUUUAUAUAGGCUUUCAAAGGAAAAUCUAAAGAAUUGAAAACACUCUGAUUCAAUAUUAUCAUGGGAAAUAAAGUGGCGACUUUUACCGAAGAACAACUCGAAGAUUAUCAAGACUGUACGUUCUUCACACGCAAAGAAAUACUGAGAAUUCACAAACGCUUCCGAGAUAUGGGUGACCCAGGAACCGUACCCCGUGUAAUGUCCCCUCAAGAUGCAGCCAAUUUACGUUUGCCGUUAUCGUACGUAGCACGUCUGCCCGAGCUAAAGGAAAACCCAUUCAUGGAGCGUAUAUCCGAAGUAUUUACAAAAUGCCGAGAUCCCGGAUACAGCGCAGAAGAAGGUAUUUGUUUCGAAGAAUUUUUGGAAAUGAUGUCCGUAUUUUCCGAACACGCAUCGCGGGAUCUAAAAGUAUUUUACGCCUUCAAAAUUUACGAUUUCGACGAAGACGGAAUGUUGGGACUUGGAGACUUGGAACGUACCUGCCGACAAUUAGCUAGAGGAGGACUAAGCGCCGAGGAAGUAGCCACGGUUUGUCGAAAGGUUUUGGAAGAAAGUGACAUCGACGGUGACGGUGCUUUGUCAUAUUUAGAAUUUGAACACGUUAUCACAAGAGCUCCUGACUUCUUAGCGACCUUUCACAUUCGUAUAUAAUUUUGUUAUAUAAAUUAUCAUUCUUCAAACUGCGGUGUUUUUUAUCUCUGCAUAUAGAAUAAAUUAUUCGAAGUUUGCGGUAGAAAUUUUAAGGAACAUAAUC